AUGAGACCGGGACCACUCUUUAUGCGUAAGUGACGCUUGUUGAUGCUCUUGACUGAAUUGGCGAUCAAUUCAAACCUUACCUAAACCUUUGCCUUUGAUUUCUCACGAUUUCAGGUGCAACACAAACACAAUACAACCCUUCACAUCGGCCACACCGACUCGAAAAGGAUAAAAAAUAUUAGAGAGAGGGAGGAGAUCAAAACAUCUUUUAUCCUUGUAAAGCGCCUCACAUACUUCGCACCAUUCUCUUUACUACUCACACAGUAUCAUUCAUUUACUGCAGCCAUUGUGAGGAAGGAGAAGAUCUUAUAUUCCCCAUUUCACAGCACUAAGCAGGCACCUGACUUCACUUCAAUCUCACCGAGACGUUAGUUCUAAGGAUAUACGAAUUACGAAUUGCGAUUUACGGCUUUAUGGUUAUGGAUCACAAAAGCCACACAUUCGAAUAAGGAAAAGUGCCAGACGACCAAAUUCGAGGAUUGAAGAAAGAGUCUUUCGAAACUUGUGUGGAAGGGGGAAGGAAGGAAGGCUGCGCUGGAUCACUAGACUUCUACUUGUCGAAUCAAUCUUCAGUUACGAUAUUCAUUGAAGCAAGCAAACAACCCUUGUGAAACAAGGUGCUAAAAAUCAAUCGCAAUCGCUCAAUCCACCUCAAUAACUCGCUCUCCCGUGCUGGAACUCCGAAAAAUCACGGCGAUCAUUUUAACCACAAACCAUCAAGUCCAAGCGAAUUUAGGUUAGUAAUACAGCACGAUAUUCCAAUAUUUAUUUUCCGUUCUUUGGCCCUUUUCUAUUUGUUUGGGAGCCGUCACUAGAGCGAAAGAGGUCGAUCGCAUUGCUAUUGCCCCCAUUUCAUCAACGGCGAAGUUCAAGUUUGCGUGGUGCAUCGUAGGCCCUGCUUCCCGCUCCAAUAUAAACUUGGUCUGUGCAACAGCAACCGCAAUCGCAACCACAACAUAGAGAAUUGCAUUAUUGUUAGUACAUGGAACUUCCAUAGCAUACUGGUUUUCUGUCAAGUCUAUUUUGAACGACCCUUACCAUGAUGUCGAGCUGACUUUCCCCUCAACCAGGCCAACUGCCGGAUAACAGGAUUUGACUCCUCAUCAGAAGUCCGGACCCGCAAUUUCAAGACGAACUCCUCGAAACCACUUUAUGGCUUCUUGAUCACUUGGAAUCAUUCCUAAUCAUUGAUUGGGUUUCAUAUCCAUUGUAGGAGCAAUUUUCAGGAUUUUCACCGCAUUACCGAUUAUAAGCACCAAUCUUUUACUGCAUCAUACCCUAGCAGCUCGUAGAUUUGGUGCAAGUACGUAGAGUUCAAUUGCAAGAGCCCAAUCUAAGAUUGAAACGUAAUCUAACCUUGCCUCUCCAUACGCAUAUGAACGUCGGCCAAGUAGGUUAACCUCAUCGGCGACCACACCACGCACCUAGAAUCGUACGAAGAUUCUGGAUAGUCAUCAGCAUCCUCUUCACGAUAAGUCAGUAUCAAAAAUCUCUUCUUGUUGAGAGCUGUGAUUGCGCCAUCUCUCCUUAAAAGGACACUGCGAACUCGGUUCUUAACUUUGAGGGGUUCCUUCUCAAAUCCAUUGCCAUUAUCCACUGCCUUGCCUUCAAUUACGUCAGAGAUCUUUGUUUCCGACAAUCCCACACCUUUUCCAGAAACCCUUAAUGUGCUGCGCACUUCAAACGACUCCUUUGACUGGCUUUAAGUCGGAUCAUCCUUUCAACGACAUGAGUAACAGUUCAUCAUCUCCUCAGCAACGGAGACAAGAGGUGAUCCCUGUUCGCCCGGGAGUUGCCUCGAGGGGACUAAAAUCCAAAGAAGAGUUUGAAAAUGCCACAAACUCUACAGUAUACAACAACCAACGCCAACAGGAAAGAGAUUAUACCUACAGCAAUUCAUCCGAUGCUGAAUAUAAUAACUCGUUGGAGCGUAGUCAAAGAGAAAGUUCUCAGGCUAGCGCCCCUGCAUCAUCUCCAAGCAUAGAACAGAUUCAAACUGGCCAAAUAUGCAGGUAUGGGAAAUCUAUUGCUUGGUAUAAAAUUGAACUGACAUUUUCUAGCAAUUGCGGUACAACCAGGACACCACUCUGGCGGAGGUCGCCGCAAGGUGCAACUAUAUGCAAUGCCUGUGGCUUAUAUCAAAAAGCUCGUAAUGCUUCUCGACCUACGAAUUUAAAACGUCCCCCGACCACUGCUCCUAUCGGGCACCCAGGAGAUUCGAGCGCAUCUCCUUCUGCCGGCGGGUCAAUGUCACUUCCUACAGCCGGCGCAACCUAUGUUUCUGCGGAUCAAACGUCCACGGGAACAUGCCCUGGCGGCGGACGUUGCAAUGGUACUGGAGGUGCUGAAGGUUGUGGUGGAUGCCCAGCUUUCAAUAAUCGAGUUUCAAAGACAGCGCAUUUUACUUCUUGUCAAGACAGACAACCAACGCAAACACCACAGCCACAAAAUGACCAACCGACAGAUGCGCCGUCCCCUAUCGAUGUUGCAUCCCUCCCGUUGCAAACGCAAAACACUACGGUCGUUGUAGCUUGUCAAAACUGUGGAACCACCAUUACGCCGCUUUGGCGUAGAGAUGAAAGUGGUCAUACGAUUUGUAAUGCCUGUGGUAAGGUUAGUCAUGAAGUGCGGACGCAUCCCGACUAACAUUUAAUAGGUUUAUAUUAUAAACUCCAUGGUGUGCAUCGGCCAGUAACUAUGAAGAAAUCAAUCAUCAAACGUCGUAAAAGGGUAGUCCCAGCGGUUCAAGGUUCUCAAGCUUCCAGCUACGAAACUAGCAGCGCAAUCGAUUCACCAGAAUCCGAUCGUGCUUCACCCGAAGAGGCAGUUGAGCGAGGCACAAUGAAUCCUGACGGAUCGGUGAACUUGGGUCUUCGUUUACGCAAUGAUCCAGGAAGAGCUCUACCUGAACCAAUUCGGACUCAAAAUGGACAGCAUCAACAACAACAUCCACCAUCCGAUCUCGGCGCCUACACAUCUAAUCCUAAUUAUCAACAAAAUCUGGACUCCUUGACUGACGACAACCGGCUGCCACCGAUGGCAUCGUAUCCUUCGCCAGGCCAACACCGGCUUUCCGUAUCACCCAACAAUUACCUCUCCCCUUCUCGAAAACGCUCUUUCUCCGCUACUGAGAUGGAUCCAAGCAAUGCCCCCACCUCAGAAUCCACAUACGCAGCAACUGUACCUAAACGUCUUUCAUCCAUAAAGUCAAUACUGAACCAUGGCUUCUCAAAUUCUGACCCCGAAAUCAACCCAGAAAGUGAACUUAGUUUCCGCCGUGGAACCGACAGUUUAAGGUUGAGCCCAAGCCGAUAUUCUGCCGCUGCAAGCCCAAAUCUUAGCACAGUCGGCCCGGCUACUCAUUCAACCAGUCCCUCGGGCAGCGGAGCUGGAAGCGCAUUAAAUAGUGCGAAGGACCCAGCGAGCGAAAGUGAUCGUGCCAAAGCGGAGAGAAGGGAACUUCUCCAAAGGGAAGCGGAAAAGAUGAGAGAGGCUUUGAAGGCAAAGGAAAGAGAAUUGGCUGAAUUAGGGACGGGGUUGGAUUAAUAUUUAUCCGCCAACCACAGAUUUCCCGGAUCAAGCAUCGGAGAUAAAAAGCCUACGAAUUUACGAAUGUGCAUUUACUUUCAUUGCAAAGAAGGGAAUAAUACUAAUCAUGAAAACUGGGAAAGAAAGUAAACAAUAGGAGUACGUUAGUGAGCGGGUUCGUCUUUGGAGACCAGGGCACACCAGCAUAUUAUAAUGGGGGUUUACAAGGGCUUGUUUUUUCAGGUGUAACACAUAAUCGGAAAGGAAUGGGAUACAGAUACCCAUAUGCCAUCUAAUGAAGGGGGAUUUCCUCAUAUUAUUGUAACAUUGGGAUGGCAAGAGGCGCCGGCUUUCUCUUGGGUAUAUCCACAGCACGGGAUCGAUUUUUGGGGGUGGGAGUGCGGGAUGCACAAAUUUGCGGCCCCCAUGUAUCUAUGGAAACAAAUACGGGGACACAAUAAUCAGACAUAUAAGAUGCAUCAAGGAAGACCAGGCCGGACAGAAGGAAAUGCAACAGAACCGCAAUAAAUGUAGUU